AAUCUUUAUCUACAGAGAACCUCUACUCUAACCCUAUUUAUAUAUAUCCAUAUAUGCCAUGCCAGCUGCCCGCAAACCCUAAAGCAUGCAUUAUCAGAUUUUCAUUUCUACCACUACCACUUAAUUUGAUAAAGCUACUAUGAGUACGGAACAAUGUUGCAACAGUUCUUGCUGUUUCUUCUGUGCGAUGAAACAGCAAGACUUAUCCCUCAGGCAAGCAGAAAUAGCAAGCUGUUUCAAAGAAAUGCCUCUUAAAGAUGGCCAAGAACAUGUUCUCGUUCUUAGUAGCCUGUGGAAUAUGGCUAUGACUCAGCCUGAUGAUCCCGAGUUCUCAUCUCUCGGAAUCUUCAACUGCAUGGCUAGUUUAAUCCAAAAAGGUAUAAACGAUAAAAGUUGGCUUCUCACGGAUCAAAACAUUUAUAUUCCUUACUAUGCAGCUCAUAUAAUCGGCUCUUACACUAUGAAUAAGGUCGAGUUUGCUGAGAAAGCUGUUGAGUCAGGUGUUAUACGUCCAUUAAUGGAUCUUUUAAGAGGAAAGAUUACUUGGAUAGAGCAAAGAGUUGCUGUUCGAGCACUUGGGCACUUAGCCAGCUACGAGAGAACUUUUUCAGCAGUAGCAGAAUACGAACAAGAGCUAGUCGAGUUAACUGUCGAGUUAGCUUCUACUUGCCUUGAUACUGUGUAUGCUAAUUUUGUUAAGGAUUCGGAUAAGAGACUGAAGUAUCACAGUGAGUUGCUCACAAGAGGAAUCGGUGGGAUCGAUAUGGAGAACAGAAAAGCUGAGGAAUGGGCUAGUCAAACACAGUGUUGGUCUGUUUAUCUUUUAAAUUGUUUUGCAUGCAAAGAGAGGUGUUUAGAUCUAAUCUGUAAGCAAGAAUUUUUAAAAGAUUUGUGUGACAUGUGGGGUGGGUUGUUGAAUCAUUCAUCACCAGCUGGGAUUGGACUGAUUAGAAUAUUAUGUUAUAGUAAAUUUGGAAGAAUGAGAAUAGCUGACUGUAAAGAAAUUAUAAACAAUCUCUGUAAUCUCUCGAGAUCUUCAGAUGAUUGGCAGUACAUGGGGAUAGACUGUCUUGUUCUACUUCUCAAAGAUCAAGAAACGAGGUACAAAGUUAUUGAAAUCGCCACCUUGUUUCUUGUAGAUAUAGUAGAGCUUAAAAGACUUGGCGAGAGAACAAAUGUUGGUGAAGCAAUUACAAAAGCACUUCUUUUAGACUACAAACAAAGCAAUAAGUUGAAUAUAAAGAACAAAAAUGUUCUAAAAAUUCUCCAAGAAAUAAGGGUUUUGAAGGUAGACAGAAAAAGAAGAGAGAAACUGAUGUUGUCUGAAGAAAAAGCUGCAGAGAAAAGGGUUUUGGUUGGUUUAAUAAAACAGCAAGCAAAAAAAUUGUUUUGGCAUGGCGAUUUAGAAGCAGCCUUAGUGAAAUACGAUGAAGCAUUAAAAACGUGCCCGUUAAGGUUACGGAAGGAUAGAAUGGCGAUUCACAGUAACAAAGCUCAAUGUCAUCUGCUGUUAGGAGAUGCAGAUGCUGCUAUAAGUGAGUCAACUCGAGCUCUUAGUUUGUCGAAUCCAGCAAAUUCUCACAGAAAAAGUCUUUGGAGAAGAUCACAGGCGUAUGACAUUAAAGGGUUAGCUAAAGAGAGCUUGAUGGACUGUAUAGUGUUUGUUAAUCUCUGCAUAAACACCAAGCGUGUAAAAUUAAUCCCGUACUAUGCAGCACGUAUGAUCAGCAAACAAAUGGAAGCCACGUGGCUUUUUGCAGGUGCUAAGUCAAAGGCAUUAAGUGGCGUGCAAGAAGAGGAUGGAAAUGACGAACACUCGCAGAAAUAUGAGGAAAUUAUGAUGAGAAUUAUGAUGGAGAAAAAGGGUCUGUCGACUAUAAAGGAAGAAUCAUUCGCUGGAAAAGAAGGUAGCAAAAGAAAGGUGAAUAUGGCAAGAAAGGGAAGAACAGCUUUUGUGGCUGAAUCAAUGUGAUGCAAAAUUGGGUUAUCUUGCUCGUCAUAAAUAGGUUAAUUAGUGCAAUUUUGUUUAGGUGGUGUCGUGGAAUUGAAGUUUUUGUAUUUUUGCCUAUCAUCAUUUUGUGAAUGGUAGAAGUUGGGAUUUGGACA